UAAGAAUCAGUCCAUGUCUGGAGUACUUUAAUAUCUCAACAGAAACAAUUCAUUCAUACCAAGAUAAAAAUGGCUGAGACGAACGAACAACCAGUUGUUGUGCCGGAUGAACAGGUCAGUCAGUACAUUGGCUUUCGUGAGUAGAUUUGACCAUGCUGGUAUAGGAGGGCAAUGAAUCCACGCUUGGAUUCUGCAUCUACUACAGCGAGUGUCUCUGAGUCAAUCUAUAACUACCGCUGUGAAAACGGUAGAACGUAUCAUGCAUACAAAGACGGCAAGUACGUCCUGCCGAAUGACGAUAAGGAAAAGGAAAGAUUAGAUCUACAGCAUAAUCUGUUCCUUCUUACCUUUGGUGACAAGCUUGGCCUCGCACCGCCUUGCUACCCUGACACAAAAGUGAAUCAUGUUUUAGAUCUUGGUACUGGGACGGGGAUUUGGGCGAUGGACUUUGCGGAUGAACAUCCUGAAGCAGAGGUCAUCGGCGUCGACCUCUCACCGAUUCAGCCAAGCUUCAUCCCGCCAAACGUAACCUUUGAGAUUGACGAUAUCGAAGACGAGUGGACCUACUCAAAGCCAUUUGACUACAUCCACAGCCGUUUCAUGACAUCCUGCAUAAGCGACUGGAAGAAAUACCUAACCCAAUGCUUCCAAAACUUAACCCCCAACGGCUAUCUCGAGCUCCAAGAAGCAGAUCUCACCAUCAAAUCCGACGACGACACCGUCAAGCCCGAUAACCCACUCCUCAAGUGUCUCAAGCUUCUGCAAGAAGCAUCAGAGCGCUUCGGCCGUCCGUACGUAGACAUCCCAGCGCUAGUAGACGUCAUGAAAGAGAUUGGGUUUGUAGACGUCAAGAUCGAGAGGUUCAGGUGGCCGAGCAAUUCUUGGCCGAAGGAUAAGAGGUACAAAGAGCUGGGGGCUUGGUGCUAUGAGAAUUUCUCGAAUGGACUUGAGGCUAUUACUAUGGCGGCGCUGACGAGGGGUCAUGGGUGGAGUGUGGAGGAUACGACGGUGUUUUUGAUGGAUGUCAGGAAGAGUAUGGGGGAUAGGAGGAUUCAUGCGUACUGGCCGAUUUACUCUAUUUACGGGAGGAAGCCGUGAUGCAAUAGUAUGAUGAGAGCGUUGGUGUUGCGGAACCUGAGAACAAGGGGCUAUACCCAAUGAGGUGUCAUGCAACGUUAACCCAUCUUUCUUUUUAGCCGAAGCUAACAUUGCAUUCCGUAAUGUCACACUAUUCUUAUCGGGCAGUUCUUCUUGUGUGACAUCGCACACGCCGUCGGAAUAGACUUGGUACCUCAUGCAGAUCAUGCAACCAAAACUAACCUCUAACGUUAGUACAGGGGUCAUAGCGUCACGACAUCUAAUCAACAUCUUGGCGUAACCAGGAUUAUCAUGGACCUAUUACAUCACGAUUCAAGAUUAAUGAAGCAGGUGUCAUGAGAGAAAUCCACAUGCCUCAGUUGAUCAGCGUAGCUAGUAACUAAGCCAGCGAUAUAAACCAUAAACUCCAAUGCUCAAGGAUGGGGUACCUGACGUUUCACC